ACAAAGACAAAACAAUACUUAGGAUUUGGUCCGACUAAAUCGUUUUGCCUCUCCCAAUUCGCAGACAUUUUUUACUCUCCUCCUCCCCCUCCUCCUGAGAACGACGACAGGAGAAAGAGAAAAAAAAAACCCUAAAAUUUUUAUUCAGUUUCGGCGGUUCAGAUUUUGUUGUUGAAGAGUUUUUUUAUUUUGAUCGAAUCAAAUGGGUGAUCUUGCUAUGACCGUGGCAGACAUCAGGAUGGAGAAUGAGCCUGAUGACUUAGCUAGUGAUAAUGUGGCGGAGAUUGAUGUGAGCGACGAAGAGAUUGAUGCGGAAGAUUUAGAGAGACGGAUGUGGAAAGAUCGUGUGAGGCUUAAGAGGAUCAAGGAGCGACAAAAAGUUGGCUCUCAAGGAGCUCAAACGAAGGAGAUGCCAAAGAAAAUCUCAGAUCAAGCGCAGAGGAAGAAAAUGUCUAGAGCUCAAGAUGGUAUACUUAAGUACAUGUUGAAGCUGAUGGAAGUCUGCAAAGUUCGUGGCUUUGUGUAUGGUAUAAUACCAGAAAAGGGUAAACCUGUGAGUGGUUCCUCUGAUAAUAUAAGAGCUUGGUGGAAAGAGAAAGUGAAGUUUGAUAAGAACGGACCAGCUGCUAUUGCUAAAUACGAAGAGGAGUGUUUAGCUUUUGGGAAAUCAGAUGGGAAUAAGAACUCGCAGUUUGUUCUGCAGGAUCUGCAAGAUGCAACUUUAGGGUCUUUGUUAUCUUCUUUGAUGCAGCAUUGUGAUCCUCCGCAAAGGAAGUUUCCGUUGGAGAAAGGGACUCCUCCGCCUUGGUGGCCAACCGGGGAUGAAGAAUGGUGGGUGAAACUUGGUUUGCCUAAAAGCCAGAGUCCUCCUUACAGGAAACCGCACGAUCUCAAGAAGAUGUGGAAGGUUGGAGUUUUAACAGCAGUGAUCAAUCACAUGUCGCCUGAUAUUGCAAAGAUUAAGAGGCAUGUUCGCCAGUCGAAAUGUUUACAGGACAAGAUGACAGCUAAAGAGAGUGCGAUUUGGUUGGCGGUUUUGAACCAAGAGGAGUCCCUGAUUCAGCAGCCUAGCAGUGACAAUGGAAACUCUAAUGUUACUGAGACACAUCGACGGGGUAAUAACGCUGACAGGAGGAAAAAUGUGAUCAACAGUGACAGUGAUUAUGAUGUUGAUGGGGCAGAGGAUGCUUCAGGUUCUGUUUCAUCUAAAGACAGUAGAAGAAAUCAGAUUCAAAAAGAGCAAGCAACAGCCAUCUCACAUUCAAUAAGAGAUCAAGAUAAAGCAGAGAAACAUCGCAGAAGGAAAAGACCGAGGAUCAGAUCAGGAACUGUCAAUCCACAAGAGGAGGAACAACCUGAAGCUGAACAAAGAAACAUUUUACCUGAUAUGAAUCAUGUUGAUGCCCCUCUGCUGGAAUAUAACAUCAACGGUACUCAUCACGAGGAGGGUGUUGUAGACCCAAACAUUGCCUUAGGACCAGAGGAGAAUGGUCUAGAAUUAGUGCUUCCUGAGUUCAAUAACAGCUAUACUUAUCUUCCACCUGUAAGUGGACAAGCUAUGAUGCCUGUAGACGAAAGGCCAAUGCUUUAUGGAUCAAACCCUAACCAAGAGCUGCAAUUUGGGUCAGGUUACAACUUCUAUAAUCCCUCUGCAGUGUUUGUAAAUAAUCAGGAAGACGACAUUCUCCAUACACAGAUAGAAAUGAAUACACAAGCACCAACUCACACCAGCGGGUUCGAGACCCAAGGAGGUCUACUUCAACCCCAUGGCUUACACGGAAACGAAGACGGUGUAAGUGGGAGUGAGUUGCCUCCUCAGUAUCAGACCGACCAAGAUAAGCUAUUGGACAGUAGCAUUCUGUCUCCAUUUAAUGACUUGGCGUUUGAUAGUACCACCUUGUACUCUGGGUUUGAUUCCUAUGCUUUUGAUGACGAUUUCUCAUGGUUUGGAGCUUAGUGUCUUGCCAUUUUUGUUUGGGAGGUUUCAUGGUUCAAAGGGACAUGGCAACGUCUGGCUAGUACAGUUACAUUCUAUUCUACUGAUCUAAAGUUCUAAACUCUUCUUCCUUCUUUUUUUCUUUCUUCUUUUUAAAAAUAAUUUUCUUAGAUUUGUUAAGAGAAACAAUUUCUUUCUUUUCGAAUAAUUUGCCAGAUGCACUGCUUUCUCCCGUUGUAAUGGACCUAAUUGGUCUCGAGGGAGAGCAGUUAUUGUAUCAUUUGUAAAUUAACCUGUGAGUAAAUUCAUCAAGCUAAGAGAAUAUGACUCCCA